UGUUACCCCGUUUUCCUUUCGUGGUUUCUUUGUGCCUUGUUUUCCCUGCUUGGUUUUGUUUGGACUGAUUAUCUGUGUUUUGACCCCUGUGUUUUGGAUUGUGCUCUUGGAUUCCCCUUUGAAUAAACUGUUUCAUUUGGAUCCGCUCCCUUGCCUGCUCUUUGCCUGCCCAGCAUCCAAACGUAACACAACGACUGACCAAACAUGGAUCCAGCAGUAGCCCUUGUUCACCUACGCCAGGACAGUUUUUCCCUCGAGGACCAUAUUCAAAGAGACUUCCUGGUCGAAAAUGGUCCUCGAGGGUCUCUUGCUGAGUUUUUGGACUUUGCCCUUCCUUUCUGUGGGUUCUCCUCUCACUGUUGGGGAGGUCAAGGAGGACGCUACUCUUAAAAAUCUUUUGGGGGAUGGGGGGCAGUGGUCAGGGAACUCCAUUGGCCAUGGAGCUUGGCCAACCAUGGUCUCCAGCAAGCCCCAUGCUGGUGAUGGCCAGUUCAGUGAUAUCAUUCCCCACGCCAGCACCUCUCCACAACAUGACCACCGCUGCAGAGCUUAUCCACAAGCCAGAGUCUACACCCAGAAUGCCUGCUAUGUCCAAGUCAGCUCCCAAGAUGGCUAUCCUGCCACAGACAGAAUCAGCACCCAAGAUGGCCGCCACGCCAGAGCCCAUCAUGAAAGUUACGCCAAGGUCUUCAGCCACCAUGGACGACAUGCCAGUGUACCCAGUCAUCAUGAGUGUUGCAUUUAGAGACAACAAGGCUUUCCAUGAGUGUUUGAGGAUGGCUUCUAGUUUGGUGGACCCACCGUUGACGUCAGUGAGAGCAGCUGGCAUUCCAAGGCCUUUAGCACCAGCAGUUACUGAGGCAGUUCCCCUAUCUACAGUGCUUCCAGUUAUGGGGAUAGCUAUCUGGUGUGUUCGGGCUACAUACUUUCCUCCAGCUUCUACAGAAUCCGUUCCUGAGCCAAGUCCAGCCCUGGAAUCUGUUCCUGAGCCAAGUCCAGCCCUGGAAUCCGUUCCUGAGCCAAGUCUAGUCCUUGAGUUCGCUCCAGUUCCCUUAUCAUGGCCAACUAUUUCUGAGGUGGCAGAUUUCUCUGCAGAACCUCCAGAGGUGGCGGCGUCUGACUGUGAAUUCUCUGCCUGUUCAGCCAUGGCCAAGGAGGCCGUUUAUGAACUCUCUGCCUGUCCUGUUUCGGCCCCAGAGGCCGUUGAUAACCUCACUGUGCUUUUUAUUCCAGUCCAGCCUGAUCUGCCGUGGUGGUUCCCUGCUCCAUCAGCUCCACCCUGCUGGUCAUCUGCUCCACCGUGGGGGUCUUCAAUCCCAUCUGCCCUGCUGUGGUGGUCGUCUGCACCGCCCUGGUGGUUCUCAGCUUUGCUGCCUCCACCGUGGCUUCCUGCCCUACCUAAUCCGCAGGCCCUGCUCCUGUACUUGGACCUGGCCCUCCAUCCCUCCCUCUGUUCCCCCUCCGAUCCACCUCCCUCCUGGAAUUGAAUUUAUUCUGGUUUAGGAGCAUCUGGAAGCCACUCCUUAGGAGGGGGGCUAUGUCACAAUCCCUGCCUGUGUUCUCUGUCCCUAGUGUUCACCUCAUGUUUCUCUGCCAUGCUGCCACCUUGUUAGUUGCCAUGGACACUGAUUAACCACGCCCCCCUUGUUUCCUCAUUAUCUUGUUUGCCCCGUGUAUAAAGAUGUGUCUCUCAGUCUGUCUUGGUCAGUUGUUGUGGAUGUUACCCCGUUUUCCUUCGUGGUUUCUUUGUGCCUUGUUUUCCCUGCUUGGUUUUGUUUGGACUGAUUAUCUGUGUUUUGACCCCUGUGUUUUGGAUUGUGCUCUUGGAUUCCCCUUUGAAUAAACUGUUGCAUUUAGAUCCGCUCCCUUGCCUGCUCUUUGCCUGCCAGCAUCUAAACGUAACAGUAUGAUUCAGUUUUGGGGUUUCUGGUUAAAGGCUGGUGUUAAUGUGGUUUGCUUAUGGAUGAG